AUGCUGAAGCACAUUCUGACGGGGCAGCCGUCGUCAGCGGGCUCCAGGCAUCAUCACAAUGAUUAUCAGACGAGCUCGGGCUCGUUGCACGGCGGACACCAUCAUCAUCACCUGCACAACAAUUCGCUGCACCAUGAUCAGCAACAGCCGCAGCAGCAGCAACAGCAGCAGCAUCAUCAUCACUACAGCGGGAGCGUCGCGUCGACGCGCGUCACCGGACAUCGCGGUAACAACGGCGGCGUCGACAUGUACGACUCUGUGGCGCAGAGAUCGGCGGCCGUGCACCAAUCGGCGACGACACCCUCAUCGACGCACCGGCAUCCGCUGAACCACUCCCAGCUCAGCGUCAACAACCUGUCGCAACGACUGAACCACUCCCACGCGCUCAAUCUGUCGACACUGUCGACGUCCAAGCACUCGGUCAACAGCGUCAGUCCGGGUGGAGGCGCCAACGGUAACAACGGCAACAACAACAACAAUAAUCACAACAACAACAAUGUGAGUCAGGUUGUCCACACAGUGAUCUCCCAGACUAACGUCCCUCAUCAGGACAGACCGAAGGCGAAUGGCGGGUUUGACAUCUCCAGGCUGUCGCGGCUGCCGAGCCAGACUACGCCAUCGCCCGCACCUGCCACACCUGCCGCACUUCCGGUCUUAACUUCCGGUCAGGUAGUCAGCGGUCCGACGGUGAUACCCCUGAAUACCUCUUGGUCCUCAUCCCUGUCUCGAAAUCUCCGUCGGAGCGACGGGGCCGGCGUGAAAGAGAUGCUGACGAGCCUCGGCUUGUUGUGCCUGGUGUCUCUUCUUCUUGCCCUGCUCUCGGUUAUCUUCCUGCUGAAAAUCUCGCCGCUCACCGUCACGUCCAACGAUCUCAUAAGCCCGGAGGAGUUCGUGAUCAUCUACGAGGUCACCUUGGCGUUGUGCGCCCUCGCGCUCUCCCUCAAUCUCUGCUGCCUCCUGGUCUGCGCCAUACAGUUCCUCUUCGCCGUGAAGCUCGUUAAAACUUCGUACCAGGGACACCGGAGUAACAAGUACCUGCAAAAAUCGUCCAUCAGUCGCGUGUGCGCUGUCGGAGGUUUCUUCAUUAGCAUCCCGGUCUUCUUAACUGGAAUGAUCCUCUAUACGUUCAUUCAAUUCCACUCGACGCCGGCGAUCGUCACGUCGGUCUUUAUCGGCCUCGGCAUUGUGUUCUGCGGGUGCGCUAUGGUCCACAACGUCUUCGUGUGGCAGAAAGAGAAGACGAACGCAGUGAAGGCGUUUGCUCGUGAGCAGUGCGAGGCCGCAGCGCAACUGCAGCGCCAGCAGCAGUUGCAGCAGCAACAGCACCAGCACCAGCAGCAGGCGCACUUGCAGCGCCAUCAUCAACAUCAGCAACAACAUCAUCAUCAUCAUCUUCAGCAACUACAGCUGCGUCCGACGCUGCACAUGGGCUCGAAGACCAGCCAUCCAAUGACCCACUCAACUGCUAGUUUGAGUCGCGGCCUUCAUCAGUCUCAUCAGCAUCAUUUGCAUCACUCGCAGCAGCGUCACGUGUCGUCCAUGUCGCCACCGUUGUUGCUGUCGUCGCCGCAUGGCGCGUCGCAGCAUAACCAUCUGACGCACCGUGGUGGCAUAGCCGCCGCCGCUGCCGCCGCCGCUGCCGCCGUUACACCACCAACAACACCCGGCGACCGGUCGCCACCGAGUCCUGGCGGUGGCGGCAGUGGCGGCGGCGGCAAGCUCAAUAGGUCGCAGCAUCAGCCGCGCGAGACCAGCGGCAGCGUGAGCCCCGGCUUGCCGGCAGCUACGCUCGAUCUGAGCAGCGCCGCCACCACUAACAGUCCGCACGAACUGUCGACUCUCGUCUAG